UACGUGACGUUAACAGAGAAAGAAAGUCAAACGAAAGUGACAUUCUUGUCAAGCAAUUAUAAUUUAUUUCAAAAUUGUGCUUCAAGAAGAGAAGUACUACGAGCAUUUCAUUUUAAAUAAAUUUUAUUUCAAUAAUAUUAUCCGGUAACAUGUCGAAGAUUGGCAUCAAUGGAUUUGGCCGUAUUGGUCGCUUGGUUCUGCGUGCUGCCAUUGAAAAAGGAGCUCAAGUAGUUGCUAUCAAUGACCCCUUCAUUGGCUUAGACUAUAUGGUCUAUCUCUUUAAGUAUGAUUCUACACAUGGACGCUUCAGAGGAACUGUAGAUGCUCAGGAUGGCCAACUGAUCGUUAAUGGCAACAAAAUAGCAGUCUUCUCUGAAAGGGAUCCAAAGGCAAUCCCUUGGGGCAAGGCUGGUGCUGAGUAUGUAGUGGAGUCUACUGGCGUUUUCACAACUACAGAGAAGGCAUCAGCCCACAUAGAAGGAGGAGCUAAGAAAGUAAUUAUCUCUGCUCCUAGCGCUGAUGCACCCAUGUAUGUUGUUGGUGUCAAUCUUGAUGCUUACGAUCCAUCUGCUAAAGUUAUUUCCAACGCCUCCUGUACAACCAACUGUCUAGCUCCUCUAGCUAAGGUUAUUCAUGACAACUUCGAAAUUGUUGAAGGUCUUAUGACCACUGUUCAUGCGACAACUGCUACUCAGAAGACAGUAGAUGGACCCUCCGGCAAAUUGUGGCGUGACGGCCGCGGUGCCCAGCAAAAUAUUAUUCCAGCUUCGACUGGUGCUGCUAAAGCUGUUGGUAAAGUUAUUCCUGCUCUUAAUGGCAAAUUAACUGGUAUGGCCUUCCGCGUACCUGUUGCAAAUGUAUCAGUUGUGGAUCUGACAGUCCGUCUUGGCAAACCAGCGUCUUAUGAAGCAAUUAAACAAAAGAUCAAGGAAGCCGCCAAUGGUCCCCUCAAAGGCGUUCUUGGAUAUACUGAAGAACAAGUGGUAUCUUCUGAUUUUAUUGGCGAUUCUCACUCAUCCAUUUUCGAUGCUGCUGCAGGUAUCUCUUUGAAUGAUAACUUCGUGAAGCUUAUCAGUUGGUAUGAUAAUGAAUAUGGCUACUCCAGCCGAGUCAUUGACCUCAUCAAAUACAUCCAAACUAAAGAUUAAUUUGGAUUUUAGAAUAUAGAAUUACAUAUAUGAUUAUUAUUCUUUUUUAUUGCUCUAUAUAUAAUUUAUGUUUAAGUGUAACUGUAUAAUCUAAAGUUUUACUACUACUUUGACAG